UCAGAUGCAACAGUGUGAUAACCAUCCUCUCAGGUAUUUACAUUUACAGAGACACAGAAGUUUCCCUCCGUUCCUCCCUGACGUCACCUCCACCUGGACGCAGGUUGUGGACGUCAACCUGUCAGCGCUCAGAGUUUGAUCUAGUUCAACUGUGACCUCGAAACCUGGCGGAGAAUCAGAAAUAAUGACCGCGCUUCAAUCGACGAGGAGGGAGAAAAGGAGCAGAGUAACCCAAGCAAAACGUGUCGACCACACAGGACCAGCUGUGAGCGAGGGUGAGGUCAUGUCAGGCAUGACGAGCGGCGUGUGCGUGGAGAGCGACCUCUCCUCAAUGCUCCAGAGAAGCUCCGCCCCCUCCCACCAUCACCCGAAUCACCAUGGUUACGGUGGACAGGGACAGGUGUCCAGUUUGGCUCCGAUGCUGGACUACACCACAGAGAUGGACCGCUACCGUUCGUCCAUCGCCAGCUUCUACAAAACCAAUGUCAACAUGAACAUGAACGUCACAAACUUCCCUCAGUCUGCCAAGCUGGCGGCCCGUUUGGCGGCCGCCGCCCCCAUUUUCCCCCCCGCUGCCAGGCUGGGCGCCAUGGCGACGGCGCCCUGGGGUUGCCACGACAAUAUGAACAUGAACGUGAACAUGAACCACCCGGCGGCCAUGUUCUGGGGCCGGCCCAAACCUGCCCCAACGCAUCAUCAUCACCACCACCCUCACCAUCACCCCUCGGCGACACCAGGGCACAUGACCUCGUCACACCCCCACAGUACCAGCAUGCACCAGGGCGGCGGGGGGUCCGGAGGGGGAGGAGGCGGCGGAGGGGGCGGUGAGGGGGGAGGAGCUGAAAAACACGGACAUACUGCCUCCUCACUUCCUGUCACACAGGGAACGGCACACCAUCACCCCAUGACACCUAACAACGGGAACUUCCUCCCUGGUUAUGGCGGCGGGGCGGACUGUGGCGUCAUGAACAAACAGGGACACACCCACCCGGACAUGAUGGGCCUAUCAGAGAGUGCGAGCUGCAAUGGUGGAGGGGUGAUGGGUAGUAGCUUCCUGGGGGGGCUGGGAUUACCCCCCGGGGUCAUUGUAAUGGCGAUGGGCUCAGCGGGGGGUGGAAUCUCAGACGCUGGCAGCGCCUUCCAGAUGACCAGCAGCCAGCGGGCGCUAACGGACUGCCAGCAGCACGCCAACUCCUCCCCCUGCCCUUCGUCCUCCUCGCCAUCAUCGUCAGGUGUGACGGCCGGGGGCGUGGCCCUGUCAUCGUCCACAUCGUCUUCGUCAUCUGGAGCCGUAGCCAAGAGGAAGAGGAAGCGGUGCGGCGUGUGCGGGCCGUGCAGGCGGCUGAUCAACUGCGGCGUCUGCUCGUCGUGCCGCAACAGGAAGACGGGUCACCAGAUCUGCAAGUUCAGGAAGUGCGAAGAGCUGAAGAAGAAGCCAGGGGGAGGAGGGGGGCCGCUGGAGCGGCCGCCCUCUGUCCCGACCGGCGAGGCAUUUCGUUGGUUCUUCUAACCUUCCCUUCGCCAACAGAGUCGCAGCUCGAGGCCCAACAGGAAGUCACCAACACAUAUGGACCAUAAAUCCAGCUUGGAUGAAUUUAAAAACAAGGACUACAACUUCUGGAUUUGAACCAGACACUUUGCAACAGGAUUACAAUUUCAUACUGUGUGGAUGACUGCAAGACUACAAAUCCCACCUCAACUGGAACAGGGAACCAGCUAGGAGGGCAGAGGUAGAGGGGGCAGUUUGGUCACAGCCAACAGGGAUUGACCAUUCAGAAUUUGUUGAUGAUGAUGUCAUAAUUGUCAUGUUUUCCUGAACUUGUUUGCAGGUCAAAACUCAGCCCUCAGAUAGAUGCGCACAGGUUUUCUCAACUCUAGAAAUGCUGUUUUUGCACGUUAGCACCACAUAACGCUACAGUUAGCGUCAAGUCUAGUAGGCGGGUUUGAGAACAGGCCGAAUUAAGUAGCUACCUAGCUAAACUGUGAAAAAUAGUGUCAUCUUGAGAUCCGUCACUCGAUGGGAGACAAGUGUGUCAUGGUUUGAAAGAGUUCAAGAGGCACAAACUCCUCAUCCCUGAAUCCAUGUGAAGCCUGACAUCUACUGGUGAAAAACAGAGCAUUGUAUUUGAUUGGCUGGUCCUUGGAGACGAAUAUGUAAAGUUUUAUAGACAUCUGGUCACUCCACAUGGUACCAAAGAUCAGCCAGUAACAGAAAGACUGUUCUUUAGCUACUUGUCACCAGCGGAUGUCAGAUUUGAAAAAGAAGGUUGGUAAAAGUUUGGGUUUGUGUGACCGCUCUGUGCUGGUAAAGACGGGGCAGCAUCGAUAACAAACUACAGCCCUGAACAUGAACCUGAACACGACGUUUACCUCAGCUUGAUGUAGCUUAUGUAGCCUUGAUGGAUCCACAGAGUCCAGUCGUUUGGUCACACUGAAGGUGACAGGAUCACCAAGUCAAGUUUUAUUCACGCUACUGAACAUUAUAUAGUCGUAUCCAAAUCUCUUGCAACUGGAGGAGUCAACAAAUAAAAGUCAACAGGAUGUGAAACAGUGCCAAUGGUUUGUAACACAAAUGUUGUAUUCAUCUCAUGUCAACAUUGCGAGAUAGGGCACUUGGCCUUGUUGGAAGUCUGCACUCUCUAAUUGCUCUUCUACUUAAUAAAGAUUUAGGUAAAUAUAAGUAUCCCGUCCCCAAUAUUACAAGACUUAGAUCAGGGCCAGAAAAACAUGAUUGGGAUAACCUCACAAAUUGCCUGUUUCUGACUUUUAAAUAGCGUUCAUAUCAACACCCAAGUCAGAAUUACAAUUGGGAAGUUUUUGAGAAAGCUCAAAUUUAUUAGACCUGGAACUGAAAACCAAACAAAAACAAAGCAUUUUAAUAUGUUUGGGAGGCAAUACAUGCAAUUUUUUCCCAAGCCCUUAAUAUGAUGUUCACGUUAUAUUGGAUAUGUCCAAGGGGCGGAUCCAGGCACAUUUAUUUAUUUAUUCACCCUAAAGUUGAAAGCCAAUCAAAAUCAGAUCUUUUCUUUACUGAACCCUGGGAUCAAGUAGCUUGUUAAUAAUAAGGUGUGUCAAAUUUAAUAGCCACAGCUGUUAUUUCCGUGACUGUGUCAGAGACAUAUUUACCUCCUUUGUUCUGAUUUUUUAUCAGUCAGUAGGGUAAUGGAAAAAACGUCCGGUCUGAUUUUCAUGAAACUUGGUCCAAAGACGAAUCCGAAUCACGGGGUUGAUAAAGAAAUUAUAUUCCACUUUCGUUAAAAUUGCAAGGUAGGGUAUUUGGUCUUGGCGGAGGCUGCGCUCUCUGAGUGCCCUUCUGGUGAAUCAAGAUUUAGGUUAACAUAAGUAUCAAGUCGGACUCGAUAUCAAUACAGGAUAAGAUCGGGAUCAGGUCCAGAAAAACAUGAUUGGGAUAUCCCUACUAAUGACCUGUUUCUGAUGUGUAAAUAAUGUGCACAUCAACAACUAAGUGAGAAUUCUGACUUGGAAGGAAUUUGUUUUCGGAAAGCUCAGAUUAAUCUGACUUGGCACUGAAAACCAAACAAAAAUAAAGCAUUUUUCUAUGUCUGGAAAGCUCUGAACACACCUUUAUCACAAGCCCUUAAUGUCACGUUCAUGUUAUAUCCUAAGGAUCAGUAUCAGGGGUUGAACCAGGCAUAUUUUUACUGGAUCGGUGCCAGAUGAAGAGGAUCAAAAUCUAAUUCAUCUUUAACUGAACUCUACUCUUGUUUGGAUCAAGUAGCUGUGUAUCAAAUUUAGUAGCUGAAGCUGUUAUUUCUGUUUAUGUGUCAGAUACAUAUUUACUUACACCUUUUGGUUUGGUUCGGUCUGUUCGGCAGCAGUAUUACGGGAAAACUAGUGGUCUGAUUUUCAUGAAACCUGGUGGAAGGGUGUAGCAUGUGCUGAGUGAGGGCCCACUAUCUUUUGCAGCAGAUCCGAAUCACAGCGCAGAUACACACAUUUUUUUCCACUUGUGUUAAUAUUUCGAGAUAAGUCUGUGCCCUUCAAGUGCCAUUCCGGUUAAUCAAGAAUUAGGUAAAUGAAAACCAAACAACAGACCUCUCCUGUCAGCAAAAGCCCAUCACUCAAGGUGAUCUACUGUUAUAUCCCCAGUGCUCAGUAUUGUUAACCCUUUCACAACCAACUCCGUAAUCAACUGUCUUGAGUUGACUAAUAAAGUCGUAAACAUAAUAAUGUUUCCACCUCUACCAUCUGUCCCAGAUGUCAUAAAAGUGGUAUUUAGCUUGUAUCCUCUCCGACAGCCUUCACCAUCUGUGAUCAAACUGUCUCCUCCUUCCUCUUCUUCCUCCUCCUAGCAAACCACAAACCCCAUCGUAGCCAAACCAGGAAGAUUCAGGCGUCAAGUGGACCACUGCUAUCACCACAGAAACUAUCACAGUUUGACCAAAACUGGACGACAAGUUAACCUCAAAGGAAAAAACUUAACCGCAGAGGGAAUACAAACUGACCUCGGCAGGAAGUGAUCCAGGACUGUUAUUAAGGACUACAACUUCACCACAGUAGGACUACAAUUACCACAUCACUGUUAUCUGUCUCUUCUGUCUACCUCCUCCUCAAGAACUUAAAAGGCACCUUGAUUGAUUUUUACUGGGCUGUGUUCAUGCUGGUACGACUUGAUCUGCUUCUCAACUCUCUCGAUGGUCCAGAGCUGAUCCCCUUCUCAUGGAAUCUGGUGUUUCAGAAUUUAUUUAUCAAUUUACUCCUCUGCCUGAAGGAGCAGUCGAACGUCUGAUUUUGUUUUAUCUGUCUGGAUUUCAAUGGAAAGUUCUCAGGGCGCAGUCAUACUUCCAGAUGGUUUUAUAUGAACUAAAGCAGACUGGAAAAACUCACUUUGUUGUAUUUUUGUAUUUGCGUAAAUGGUUGCAGUUGAAGGUUUGUCAUUUCUGUCUCCACAAAGGACAGUGUAAAGAGUUUCACUUUGAAUAUUGGCUCUAAAUUGGCACCUCUGGUCCCAAACAGAGGUGUUCAGAGUUGUAUUGGCCAAACCUUCACCAGGACCUCACAGAGAGUUCAGAACCAGUUUCUGUGUUCUUGUAUCACUGCGGACUGUACCACAUGGUGACCAACAGGAAACAGGAGAAUCCACCUGCAGUUUAAAUGCAGUGUGGGAACUCACAGGGAACCUCUGGAUCUUUUGGGAAGCCUCUGAGCUGAACCCUUGGACUAAAAGGAACCGAACUGAACUGAGCGAGAUCAGAUCAGAACAUUCCACACUAAAAACAUGUAAUUUCCAGCACGUCUGUGGGCCUACCUCUGAGAUAACGCCCCAACAUGUCCUGUGGUACCUUUUUAAAUAUACAAAGAUGUUCAGUCUAAAAUUCCGUUCUUAAAAAACGCAAAAAGUCUUCCCUCAAUAAAUGAUAGCCAGCAUGAAUAUGCAAUGUUCCUGAGCAGCCCAGUCACCGGAGACAGUUGGCAUUUUAUGUUUCGGCAAACCACCAACAGGUUACAUUUGUACACUCCAUACAUAUCAUAUCAACGUUGUGGCGCCAAAACUGGGUGUUUUUUGGCAAGACACAGUUUUAUAGCCGGACGUGUGUCCCUAAAUCAGGCUAUGUUUUAGUGAGACAUCGGCAGAAUUUCCAACGGUGCUUGUUGCACCAAAACUGGGUUAUUUUCUCAUGAGACAUUGUGGUUUUUCCAACAGCAACCGUGGUGCCAAAACUUGAUGUUUCAUAUCAAGACAUCUGCAGCAUUUCCAGCAGCAAUUGUGCCACCAAAACUGAGCAUUUUGUAGUCAGACACUGUGAUAUUUCGAGCAGCGAUUGUGGCCCCAUAACUGGGUGUUUUCUCGCGAUACCUUGCGGUAUUUCCAGCUGCAACAGUGGCAUCAAAACUGGGUGUUUUUUGUCAAGACAGCGGCAACAUGUCCAGCAGCGAUUAUGCCACUAAAACUGUGUUUGGUGAGACACUGGCACAAUUACAGCCAUGAUUGUGUCACCAAAACCAAACGGGGUAUUUUAAGCCAAAACAUAUUCACUUUAUAAUAACAUAUAAAUGUUAACAGCAGUCAGUGGUUUGCAGAAACGUACAACACCAUCAUUUUUUCUGGUGAUUUGGUUGUCUGGAGACCUUUACAUAUAACCUGAAGCUCCUGACAAGUCCUAGGCUGAACAGGGAUGCUGUAAAACUGACUACGACUGCUAUUUAAACUAUUUCACUUGGACUUGCUCCAGAUUUCUGUCAGUUUGACGAGGAUGUGAUGUUCAGUUUGGAAAAAUUUCCUCUAAAAUUCUUAUUAUAUAUACGGUUAUAAUAAGUAAGAUUACAUUGCUCCCCCUAGUGGCAGUGAAGUGUAGUGAUCCACAGACCUCGGUGUAAAUAGUUUUUACUGGAAAGAAAUGGUCCCACUGAAAACUGUUGAGUCAGGUCUGUGGUUGUCCCGAGAAACCAGGACGUAGUUUCUGGAAAACUGGACAUUGCUGAUUUGGUUUUUAUGUUAACAAACUGGAUGGACUUCCAUGAAAUUUGGUUUAGACGUUCAUGGUCCCCAGAGGAUGAAUCCUAGUGACUUUGUUGAUCCCCAUCUUUACAUCUGGAGCCACCAGCAGCUCAGAGUUUUCACAAAAAUCUCUCCACAUCUACGUGAUCGGCUGCCGCAAAAUCUGACAUUCACAUUCCCCGCAGGCUGAACCCCGAAGACGAUGUUGAUCCACCGACAUCUCAGUUGGCGCCGUCACUGUGUCAGAGCGUCUGCGCUCACAGACGUGUUGGAAAUGUUUUAUUUUAAUUUGUUUCUUUUAUUUUUGGGUAUCAUGAGGAAAACGUUCCCCUGCCUCUCCGUGGGAACUGAAACCAAACGUCUCCUUUCUCUCGGGGUGGGUUGAGAGGGAGGAAGGGGACGUUUGUUUUGCGUGUCUGUCCGUCCUCCUCCUCCUCAUGUAUUCUGUCUCUGUGACCUCCUCAUGUGCUGAAUUGUAAUAAAGCAUUUCAAAGAUGAGCUGCGGAGUGUGAUAGACGCACACUGGAGGAAUAUGGAUGUCAGGUGAUUGCAUCAUGCUAAACCGUGCGUGCAUGUGUGUGUGUGUGCGCGUGAAACGAGAGAGAGCAGGCAUGAAAAUGAACAAUAUGUUUUUGUGUUUGUGUGAAAAUG